AUGAUUACCUGUUGUAGAGAAACAGAUAAUUUAGAAAUAGUUCAAUUAUUAUUAGAAGCUGGUGCUGAUCCUAAUAUUAAAGGUAUGAAUGAGAUAACAGCCUUAGCAUGUGCAGUGAUGUCAGGAAAUAAAAUAAUUGUACAUGAAUUACUAACAGCUGGUGCUAAUAACAUCAACAUUGUAAUGAAUUGGGAUGAUGCAUUAAUUGAAGUGUCAAUAAUUCAUCUGUGUGUGAGCAAGUUAAUGCACAAAAGUGAUUUUGAAUUUGUGCAGUCUCAGUCACUAUCAGAAGUUUUAGCAGAGAAAUAUGAGAACAAUGAGCAGAUUUUUGAAGUAGCAUCAAAAUUCACCGUAGAUGAUACAAUUGAGAUACUUCGCCUGCUACUAGAGGCUACCCCACAACCUGAAGAUGAUCCUGCCAGUUUGAUAUUAGCAUCUCUGAUUGGCAAUGUACAAGCAGUAGAAUUGUUACUUAAAGUUGGUUAUGAUUGUAAGGCACCUUUAUCAUCGAGCAAAUUCUUUUCAGCAAUACUUUCAAGUAUAAUGGAACAAGCACCACUAUCAGAAAAAAUGUUGGAGGUCUCUUGCCCGUCAUUAGUUACUGCAUGUAUUAGAGGACAUUUAGAAGUAGUUAAAGCAUUAUUAAGAGUGAUUCAUGAUUUAAACCAUCAACAAAAAACUGGAGAAACUUUCUUAAUGUUAGCAUGUGAAUCUGGUCACAAGGAUAUUAUACUAACACUACUGGAGAAUGGAGCAGAUACUAACACUACUGACAGUAAAGGUAGGACUGCACUGAUGCUUGCUAGCAUAAAGGGUCAGAGUGAAGCAGUUGCUCUUCUACUAAUGACAUAUAAUACUGAUUCAUCAGUUAGUGAUAAUUAUGGAUCUACUGCCCUCUGUUAUGCUGCAUAUGGUGGAUGCACUGAAGAAUCGAUCAAUUUAUUAGCAGAGAAUAUAAUUAUCACAAAUCGUCAAAAAGACAUACUGACUGCUUGUAUAUCAGAUGAUAUCACAUUAUUUGUUCAAGCUAGACCUAAACAAGCAUCAAGUGACUUAUGUGCACCACUGAUAGAAUCCACUGGUCUCACUCCUCUUAUGAUAGCUGCUUCCUGUGGCAGUGAUGGAGUAGUACAAACAUUACUACUGGUACAUGGAGCUGAUGUUAACCAACAAGAUACUUACUUAUAUUACUCUCCUUUGCUGUAUGCAGUACAAGGUAGUAAGUCAAUUGUCCAGUAUCUAUUAGACAGUGGUGCUAAUGUCAAUGAUAUUAGUAAACAGGAGGAGACACCAUUAGAUAUUGCUAGAGACAAAGGAUUAAAUGAUAUAGCUCAGCUAUUGGAAAGUAAUGGUGGGAAAACAUAUUCUUCACUUAAAGCUAUAGUUGAAAAAGUCACUGAACAAUUAAGAGCAAAGCAAAAAGCUGAAGUUCUACAAAAAAUAUCAAUGCAAUUCUCUCAAAUGCAGAUGCUUUCUACUGCUGCCAGUAUGAGGGAAUCAUUCCACGUACCAUUAUUUACAAGUAUACCAAUCCUCCCUACCAUAAUGAUAUCAUAG